AUGAAGAAGUUAGGAUGUUAUGAUACUUGUGACUUCUCCAAUCCAUUAUUUUAAAAUGGGUUUUGUUAAUCUUAUCCAAGUAUUAUUUAAUUAAUAUUUCUUAGUUUAAUUAUUUGUCUAAAAUUCUGUUGGUUAUGAGACAUCCAGAUGGUAGAUUAUAUAUGACCCUCAACAUAUAGAUACAUCUAUAGCGAUAAUUAGUUAUUCUUCAUAUGGAGUAUUUAAAUUUAAUUCUGGUGUCUAUAGAUAUUUUGAGGAUUUGGCUAAAUAUUAUGAUUCUACUUGGUUAGUUGGACUGAAUAUUAUAAUCAUAACUUUUAAUGAUAUUCCACUUAAUUGUGGAAUCUAGUUUAAGAUUAAUAAUACUUAUUUCGGGUCUAUUUUUAGGAAUGCCUCUGGAAUUCAAACCCACAAAGUCAAAAUAUUUAAUAUUUCAAACUAAGGAUCAUAUCUUUCAUAUACGUCUUAUUAAGUAUAUGAAAUUACUACAUAUGUUGACAUUCCUAAAUAUUCAUUUUUAUUUUCAGUCGUUGGAAAUUACACGUAAAUAUUAAUUUAUUGAAUUUAGUGAUGCCACAGCAGGAUGGGGAAUAUAUAAAAUUUCUCUUUCUUCAGGAUAUUGUCCCAAGUAUUGCAUAUUGUGUGAAGUAUCAUUUAAAUGUAAAAUUUGUGAAUCUGGAUAUUAUAUUUAUAGAGAUGGUACCUGUACAAAUGAUUGCUAUUAUCCAUAUUAAAGAAUAUAGGGCUCUUAUUGUUAUGAUUACGAUGACGAAACGCCUUGUAUUAUAUACAUAAAUUUUAGACUCUUCAUAUUUGAUUAAGGAACAUCUCGAUGAAACUGGUGACCCUGAAUAAUAUGCAAAGUAUACUGUAAUUUCUCAAAAUGGUCCAAACUUUUUGAAAGGAUCGGAUAUCUAUUUUUCAUAUUGGUAAACAUAUAGAGUCCUUGGAGGACCUUUUAUAUGGGCGUAGGCUAAAUUAUAAAGGGUUCAUGAUAUCUUAUCCCCGCAUCACAGUGUCACAAUAGCAUUUUAUAUUCUAUAUGGACCAAAUUUCCCUUCAGAUGGGACAUUUAUAUAUACGAUUGAGAGUAAUACACCAGUUGUUAAAACAGCUCCUAUUUAUACUAGUUCUUAUUAUGAUGGCUCAAAAGUGGAUGAAGUAUAUGAAAAAAUCAAUCAUAAUACAAAUACAUUAACAAUCACUUGGGAAUGCUUUGGGCCAAAUAAUGAACCAAUAAUGGCAUAUUGUGGAAUCUAUAAUUAUUAUAUUGCCGUUCAUAAUUGCUAACCUUAUUGCUUAUAAUGUUAGAAUUAAUCUAGUUGUACUUCAUGGAAUAGCACUUAUGAUUCUAAUAUUGUUAAACUUUCUUAAGCAGAAUGUUUGAUUAACCAAUAUUAUGAUAAAGAAUCAAUAAGUUGUAAAGAAUGUCCAUAAUCUUGUUUAACAUGCACAUCUAAAUUAGAUUGUUAAACAUGCAAAUCAACUUAUACCUAAUCUAAAUUAGGAUGCAUUUGCAAAGUGAAUCAGUACGAAGAAUCAAAUCAAUGUUUUGAUUGUCCUAUUGAAUGUAAUUAAUGUUUAACUUCUACUUACUGUAUAGAAUGUUUAGUCACUAAUAAUAGAAAUUUUUCAAAUGGGUAAUGCAAUUGCAUUGAUGGAUAUUAUCAUAUUCCAUCUACACCUCAAUGUUAAUUAUGCCAUUAAUUUUGUAAAACUUGUUUUGGACCAACUUCUGAUGAAUGUUUAACAUGCAAUAAUAUUGUUAAUAUUGAAAAAGUAGGAUCGACUUGUAGAUGUCUAGCAGGGAAUUCUUAUUAAUAUACAGCAAAUACUUGUUCGUCUUGUCAUUCAUCGUGCUUAACAUGUUUUAAAAAUACUAUUGAUGGUUGCCUAACCUGCAAUCCAAGUUUAAAUAGAAUAUUAAAAGGGUUAAAAUGUUUUUGUUUACCCGGUUAUUACGAAUUAAGUGAUGCUUGUACAAGUAUAUUAAUAUCAUAUUAUAGAUUGUCCAACUACAGAAAAUUCAUCCCUAAGCUAAUGUUAUAAGCUUUGCAAUAAUAAUUAAUUGAUCUGGCAUACUAUUACUUGUAGUACUUGCGAUACUGGAUUUUAAUUAAUAUCAGGAGAAUGUCAACCUAUUUGUGGAGAUUUAUAAAUAAAUGGAUAUGAAUAAUGUGAAGAUAAUAAUACAAUUCUUGAUGAUUUAUGUUAUAAUUGCUAAUUUUAAUGUCCAGCUCAUUGUUUAACUUGUGAUUAAUCAACAAUCUUUCCUUGUCCUGAUAUUUGUGGAGAUGGAAUUAUUUCUGGAAUUGAAGAAUGUGAGGAUGGAAAUAACACUUAAUAUGAUGGAUGUUUUAAUUGUAAAUAUUAAUGUCCACCUUAAUGUACAAAGUGCAUAAAAGGACAAUGCUUUGAGUGUAAUACUGGUGGUUGGCAAACUGAUCUAACAGUUACUCCUUGGAAAUGUAAGGAAAUUUGUGGAGAUGGCUUGAUAAUUGGAAGUGAAUAAUGUGAUGAUGAAAACUCUUUUGAUACAGAUGGUUGCAAAGAUUGUAAGUAUUACUGUAGAAUUGGUUGUUCUUCUUGUGAUUAUACAACCAACAAAUGCUUAAGUUGCGAAUUCCCUGGGUUUACUCCUAUCUCUUACUAUUGUAAAAAUAUAUGCGGAGAUGGCAUAAUCGCAUUAGAUCCAUCUAAUUACUAUACAGAGCAAUGUGAUGAUGGCAAUACUAAGAAUUACGAUGGUUGCAGUGAUUCAUGCUAAUUAUAGUGUUAACUCUCAUCUAUUUGCACUACCUGCGUAAGUAAUAGAUGUGAAUUAUGUGCUGUUGGAUAUUAUCUUUCAAAUCAAUAAAUAUGUAAACCAAUUUGUGGCGAUUCGUUGGUUGCAGAAGGUGAAUAAUGUGAGAUAACAUCUAUACUACCAUACAAAGGUUGCUAAAAUUGCUUAGCCAAAUGUCAAAAUUCUUGCCUCACUUGUGCUAAUACUGGACUUGGCUGUUAAACUUGCAAAACUGGUUAUAAUAAAGUUGAUUAUUUAUGUUAUUCAAUCUGUGGGGAUAAAAUAAUAACUGAAGAUGAAUAAUGUGAUGAUGGCAAUUUGAUAAUUGGCGAUGGAUGCCAUUUCUGUCAAUUUAGUUGCUAGGAUUCAUGUCUUAAUUGUCUUAAAGGAAUCUGUUAUGAUUGUUAAGAAGGCUAUUAAUUAAAACUUUCUAAAUGUUACCCUAUGUGUGAAGAUGGUGCUUAGAUACAAAAUGAACAAUGUUAUAGAAUAACUUCAAUCCAAAUUUAUCCAAAUUGCUAAUCUUGUUAAUUUACUUGCAAUUUUAAUUGCAUCUUGUGUUAAUUUGGUAUUUGUUAGCAAUGCAAGGACGGAUAUGAAUUAAAUCCUAAUCUAUAGAUUUGUACAGAAUCUCUAGAAUUUAAUUAUAUUGUAAUUGAAAACUGUAAUAUCUAAAUUGGGGAUAAUUGUGUUUCGUGCAAAGAUUCUGCCUACUAUGAAAAAUCUGUUUAGAAGUGUUAGUUAAAAGAAGCACCAUUAACUUUUUGUGAAUAUUAUCUUAGAUUAUCUCCUGAUUUAUAUUGUAGUUAUUGUAUUGAUUACUGCGUGUCUUGUAAUGAAAAUAAAUGCCUAAAUUGUUAAAGAGGCUACUAUUUAGAUGAAAAUUUUUCUUGUAUCUCAUCUUGUGGAGAUGGUAUACUCGCACAUGAUGAACAAUGUGAAAUUUUUGAUAAAAAUUGCUUAAGUUGUAUGCUUGAUGCACCAAAAUAAUGUGAAAAAAAUUUUUAAGACCACUGUUAUGAAUGCAAACAGGGAUAUUAUUUUAAUGAAUAUUUAAAUACUUGUGAAUCUGUAUGUGGAGAUGGAAUAAUAACUCAUGAUGAAGACUGUGAAGAUAAUAAUUUCAUAGAGUUUGAUGGUUGCAAUCAUUGUAAAUAUUCAUGUAGUUAAUAAUGUAUAAAUUGUUUAAAUGGAGUAUGCUAAGAAUGCAAAAGAGAUUAUUUUCUUAGGGAUGGGUUUUGUUAUUAUGAAGGAACUACCGUAGAUUUCUAUCGAUACUGUUAAUUAAAUUUGAAUAGAGAUUGCUUAAUUUGCGUCAAAGAUUAUAAAUUAAAUGAGUAUGGUGAUUGUGUUCCUGAAAGUUCUGAGAGCUGCAUUCAAUAUUAUAAUAGUUAAUGCAUUUAAUGUGCAUAAAAAUAUGAACUUUAUGAAAAUCAAUGCAUUUAAUCCUAAUAAUGUUAAGUAGGCUUAUACUUGGAUUAAAACUCAUUUAUUUGUUAAUCUUAAUGUGGUGAUGGGUAUAUCACUGAAUGGGAAGAGUGCGAUGAUUAAAAUAUGGAGCAUUUUGAUGGUUGCUAUUAGUGUAAAUAUGAAUGCGAUGACAAUUGUAUAUAAUGUGUAUAUGGAGAAUGUUUACAAUGUUCAUAAGAAUUUAAUCUAAUUGAGAGUAAAUGCUCAUCAAAGUGUUAAGACAUUUGUAUAAAUUGUGUUUAAGGUAGAUGUUAGUUAUGUAGAAGUGGCUAUUUCUUAAAUGAAUAUUUAAUUUGUAUAAUAAUUGACUGUGAAUAUGAUUUCAGUAGUACUCCAUAUUGUGGAAAUGGCAUAAUAGAAGAUAUUGAAUAGUGUGAUGAUUAAAAUUUAUUAAAUGAUGAUGGUUGUAACAAUUAUUGUGAAAAAACUUGUGAUGUUAAUUGUACACAUUGUAUUGAUGAUGUUUGUUUUGAGUGCAAAGAAGGAUGGAAAUUAGGUUCAUUCUUUUGUGAUCCAAUUUGUGGAGAUUUUAUUGUUGUUGGGAAUGAGGAAUGUGAUGACGGAAAUUAUAUUAAUUUUGAUGGUUGUUUUGAAUGUAAAUAUUAAUGUAGUCAAUCUUGUGAAAACUGUUUGAAUGGAAUAUGUCAAUCUUGUUAACUCAAUUUUGAAUUUGAUUAAUUAAAUAAUUCAUGUAAACCAAUUCAAACCUUACUUACAAUUUAUGAAGAACCAAAUUGCAAGUUGUUAGAAGGUAACUAAUGUAUACUUUGUUAAAUUGGAUAUCUAGAUGCAGUUACUAAAACUUGCAUCGUUGAUUAUAAUAUGAACCAAUGCAAUAAAAAUUGUAAAUCAUGUGUACUUUCCGAAUGUUUAGAAUGUGAAUUUGGAUAUUAUGGAACCAAAUGUAUACCUAAAUGUGGAGAUGGUAUAAUAGUUUAAGAGGAGGAAUGCGAUGAUGGAAUUUAAUAUUAAUUAGAUGAUUGUUUAAAUUGUAAAUACUAAUGUCCUCAAUAUUGUAAAUCUUGUGCUUAUGGUGAUUGUAUUUAUUGUUUCGCAGGAUUCUAUUUGGAUAUAGUGAGCAAUACAUGUAAUUCUGUCUGUGGUGAUAAUAUAUUGGCAAGUGAUGAAGUUUGUGAUGAUGGCAAUGAAUUGAGAUACGAUGGUUGUUUUGAAUGUAAAUAUUAAUGUCAAGAAGCGUGCUUGGAUUGUUAAUUUGGAAAAUGCAUGUUAUGUUAACUUCCUUUUAUAGUUGUACAUACAAAAGGUAUGUGUGAAGAAACAAAGUCAUGUGAAGAUUUAAUAGGGCUGUAUUAUGAUAAUGAUAGUAAUGAUUGUUUACCAUUAUGUGGCGAUGAAAUUGUGGCAGGUAAUGAAGAUUGUGAAGAUUUAAAUAGUAUUCCUGAUGAUGGAUGCUAUAAAUGCAAAUUUGAGUGCUCAAAAAAUUGUCAGAUAUGCAAAGAUAGAGUUUGUAUUUAAUGCCAAACAAAUUAUUUGUUAAAUAAUUAUCAAUGUUUGUUAGAUAAAUCAAAUGUUUCACUUAAUUCUAGCAUUAUCGAAGAACCUGAAGGCAAUAAUCUUGAUACUGAAAUAAAAAUAGAAACUUAAAUUAACAGUACAAGUACUGAUAGUACAAAAGUAGAAUAAAGUUCAUGGAAAGAGAAUAAGGUAUGCCGAGAUGAUGAAUGUGUUUAUUCUAAAAAAGCCAUCAUGUAAUUGACUUACAAUAAAUAAUUAUAUGCCCUUUAAUAUGUUAACAUUAAUUUUGACUAAGAAGUAAAAAUUAAGGAUAAUAUAUUAAAAGACAAACAACUAUUUAAUAUUAGCAUUGCAGAUUUAGAUACCCAGUAUUAUAAUAUUACAAUUAAUGCAAUUUAAGAUAUUUCAUUCGAUCCUUCAAAUGCAUAGUAUUAGGUCUCGAUUGAAAUAUUUUAACAGAUUUCUACAAAACCCAUUCUUUUAGUUUAAUUGA